UCCCUCGCAGCACAAGGUAAAAUGAACAAGAUGAAAAACUUCAAGCGGAGGUUUUCACUCUCGGUUCCUCGGACAGAGACCAUCGAGGAGUCACUGACGGAGUUCACGGAGCAGUUCAACCAGCUCAACAACCGGAGGAAUGAAGACCUGGCUCAAGGGCACCUGCAGCUGGGACACCUGGGCAGGGAAUUCCGAGCAGACACCAGCCCCAUCUCCCCCUCCGAGGUGGAAGGCCAGUCCCCGAUGGCCGUGCGCUACCGCAACAACAACCAGCGCCGUUUUUCCAUGGAGGAUGUCAGCAAGCGUCUCUCCCUGCCCAUGGACAUCCGCCUGCCCCCCGAGUUCUUGCAGAAGCUGCAGAUGGAGAGCCCAGAGUUCCCCAAGCCCCUCAGCAGGAUGUCCCGACGGGCUUCCCUCUCAGAUAUCGGGUUCGGGAAGCUGGAAACUUAUGUUAAACUGGAUAAACUGGGAGAGGGCACUUACGCCACUGUCUUCAAGGGACGCAGCAAGCUGACCGAAAACCUUGUUGCCCUGAAGGAAAUCCGCCUGGAGCACGAGGAGGGGGCACCUUGCACGGCCAUACGGGAAGUGUCGCUGCUGAAGAACCUGAAACAUGCCAACAUCGUGACCCUGCACGACAUCAUCCACACGGAGCGCUCCCUCACCCUCGUCUUCGAGUACCUGGACAAUGACCUCAAACAGUACCUCGAUAACUGUGGGAACCUGAUGAGCGUGCACAAUGUGAAGAUCUUCAUGUUCCAGCUGCUGCGUGGUCUGGCUUACUGUCAUGGGAGAAAGAUCCUGCACCGAGACCUCAAACCCCAGAACCUGCUCAUCAACGAGAGAGGAGAGCUCAAGCUGGCUGACUUCGGACUAGCCAGAGCCAAGUCAGUCCCUACAAAAACAUAUUCCAAUGAAGUGGUCACGCUGUGGUACCGGCCCCCCGAUGUCCUGCUGGGAUCUACCGAAUAUUCCACACCCAUCGACAUGUGGGGUGUUGGGUGCAUCCACUACGAGAUGGUCACCGGACGGCCCAUGUUCCCCGGCUCCACGGUGAAAGAAGAGCUGCAUUUGAUCUUCAGGCUGCUCGGAACCCCAACAGAAGACACCUGGCCUGGAAUAACAUCCAAUGAGGAGUUUAAGGCUUACAAUUUCACGCAGUACCGAGCCCAGCCAUUAAUAAAUCACGCCCCCAGGCUGGACUCAGAAGGCAUUGACUUGCUGAUGAACCUCCUUCUGUACGAAGCCAAAAGCCGGAUUUCGGCGGAGGCAGCCCUGCGGCACGCUUACUUCAAGAGCCUGGGAGAGCGGGUGCAUCUCCUGCCUGACAACGUCUCCAUCUUCUCCCUGAAGGAGAUCCAGCUUCAAAAGGACCCUGGCUACCGAGGCUCAGCCUUUCAGCAGUCAGCCCGAGGGAAGAACAGGAGGCAGAGUAUAUUUUAAACUUGGAUCUCGUGUUCCCCUUGUCACCAUGGAGAUCAAAGCACUGAGAAAGGAGACGGCAACACGCUCCCACCUGACCCACCGCAGAAUUACUGACUCGAGCAGGACGAUGCUGAAGCACCCUUGGCUGCAGGCUCUCCCCUGCCUGUCCCCACAACCACAGCCCCUAGCAGCUGCUGUUGAUGGACCUGUGGCCUUUUUCCCCUCUUAUUUUCAUGUUGCCCCCAUCAGACGUGAGCUGCCACCCUCUGUGCCGGUGCUCUAGUGAGGAGCUGCCCUGGGCAUUGCCCAGAGUGCAGGAUCGUGUGCUGUCCCAGGGAGCCGCUCGCUGCCCUCAGGGGGUGAGCCAGGCACGGGGAGGUUUUGUGAGCAGGGGGUGGUAUCUCCAAAGCUGGGCUGUGGAUCGUAGCGUUUGGCCCAGGCAGGCAUUUCUGAAAACGUACCUUUACUCAGACAACCUGCUCUGCACCCCCUGUUUCUUGGGGAGACACUUUGCAGGUCCGUUAUGAGUCGGGGGCAUGAACCAGCCUGGCACUGGAGAGACUGCACCUGAAGCACAAAAACCAGGGCAGCCCUCCCUUAUUUGCCCUUGCCUCUGCCUACAUAACCCCUUUUUGUCUCCCCAUCUUUGGUACCUGAAUCCUGACAAGGAUGGAGCAGCUGGGAGGAGGGGGCUUCCCAUUGCUUCCCCCAGCAUCUCCCCCUCCUUGCCACCAUUGCAUUUCCAAAUUCGGUCAGCUGGCUGCUCCCCAGGGAUGUUCCGAGCUGAGAGCAAGGGCUGGCUUAGCCCACCCGGGGUGCAGGUACCUGCUGGUAGAGCUGUGCAGAAGCGGGGCCAAACUAGCAUCGGCUCCGUGCUGCCUCCCGUGGCUGCGCCGAGCCCUUCAGCCGGCCUUUCCCAGGCACCGAUGGAGCGGCCCCUUUCUCAUCGCCGAGCCUGCUGCACGCCCCCAGCCCACGACCCUCUCUGCCAUCGUCACAAGGGGCAGGACACAGUUCCCAGCCAGCGUCUCGGGAGCGCAUCUUCCCCCAUCCCAUUGCUGAGCCCCACGCGACGUGGCAGAGCCCGAGCUGUGCAGCCUCUCCGUACCAAAGUGUUGCACACACCCACCUCAGUGCGGUUCUACCCAGAGGAAGGGGGAGAGGUGCCAAACCUCCCACAGCUCAGCUGCGGGAACCAGAAAUAGACCUGGAGAGAAGCAAAUCAUCCCUCAAACCUCAUCGCCUGGCCUCUACAUUUGUAGCCAACGCCAGAUCAUACCAGCCCUGACUCAGAUCGAUGCCGUGGAACUGAGGUGCGUGCUUAGAUCUGAGCAUGCUUUGCUGGCUGAGGACUGCUCCUGGUGCGUUUUCCCCUCUGUACACUUCAGGAACGUGCCAAAUCCAUCCUGAGCAAAGAGGCCCUGCUGCAGCUCUCCCCCGCAGCCUGCAAACAGCCUGAAACGUCUUCAAGUGUGUGAGCGUUGCAAGAAGUCUCUCUACUGUAUAAUAUUCACAUCCUUUUCUUGUCUGUCCCGGAUGACUAGUCCUCUCGCCCACCGGUCCUCCAGCCCAUGGCUGUGGCCAGGAGACUCUGGACUUGGCAAGCGCUGGGACUGUCACCUGGCACUGGGACCGGCAGGACAUACUGAUGUCUUAACCCGUCACGCUCCCAGCCUGGGAGGCAUUGCUCAGGGGACGGUAACUCUCCAUGCCGCUGUUUCCCCAUUGAGCCAGGAGUGAGAGCUCUGUUUUCUGCUUUGCUGUGCAGCAUUUCUUCUGUGAUCCUCAGAAAAUGCAAAGCGUGAGGAUAAACGAGGAGACCCUGGAGCUCCCCAAAGCUGCUGGGGCAACUCCUCCCUGUGCCAGUGCUCGAUGCAAUGCGCCCUCUGAGCUUCCCCCAUCAGACCAAAGCUGUUCAUUCGGGUUUGUCCUAGACAAGCAUCCAGACGUCUGCAUUGUUUGAGGUUUGCCCAUCCCUGCUCAGUUCCCUUCUCGGUAUGUCCAGCAUACAGCAGGCUGAAUAGUUCAUUAAUUGUUUCCAUUUGAUAGGGAAGAGUAUGAAUAGCCAUCAGCCACCAGUGACGCAUUUCACCCUGAUGUCAGGGUAGUGUUUUGCCUGGUUUCCUACACCCGGCUCCUGCUGCAUGGGGCUUUUCAGUAGGGUGGUUCACAAAGGGAGGUGUUGGCUGGAGUAAGUCUGAACUCUCACACUGUCAUCUUUUCUUUCACAAAGGCAUUUUAUACAGGAAUUUCCUUGGCAUGGCAGGGAUCUGUGGUGCAGACUUGCACUUCCCAGGGCAGCCAGCUCCCGUCAGGAAUUAGCAGCUCGGCAGGCAGGCCAGCUAACGGACGCAGCGUCUCCUGUGCUCCUGCGGCAGCACCUUCAGGUACAUGGGGCAAAGAGUGCUGACGUGCCUGGGGGAGCAGAGCCCCCCCUGUGCUCUGUGAGCACAGAUUGGACCAGGGGAAGCAGGAACACCCUCUACCCACUCUUGGGAAGCCCAU